AUGCCAUCACCAGGUGUCAGUUUGUAUAGGUAUAUAUACGAAACAACUAAAUUUUAUAGUAUUGCUGCAUACCUUGUACAACUUGUAUUAGCAUGGUGUUACUUUGAAUCAAAUUAUGAUAAAACUAUUCACAAAGAAUUGAUUGCAUUAAAAAAAGAAAUGAACAACAUAUCUAUGGUAGAUGAAUUUGCUCGAUAUGCUAAACUUCAACGGAAGUAUAAAAAAUUAAAAGAUGAGGCAGAAGUAAAAAUUAAUGCACGUUAUGUAGCAAGAAUCAAACUGAAAAUGAUGUUAACAUAUAGCUUGCGUAUUGCUGCGGGAAUUUCAACUUCAAUUUUGCUGCUUCUGUAUCGAAAUGAACCAGUGAUUGUUUUUUCAAAAGGAUAUCUUUGGCCAUUUGAAUCUGUUUUCAGUUUUCCUGCAAAUGUUGAUUCUUGUAUAUCGCUCCCAGUGUGGAUUCUAAUGGUGCGAUUAUCUAUAACUCGUUUCACUGAAACUUAAUUAGAAAAUUAAAAAUAAUUAAAUUCUUUCUAUUAAGAUGUAUUUAAAUAAAUUUGUUUUUUUUCUAAGACUUUAGCUGAGUAUGAAGAAAAGUUUCAAUAUGAACAAA